GAAGCAUGAAGUGAGAGAAAACAAAACUAAAUCAUAUCAGUUUUUAUCGUAAAAUGGCAGAAGCCAGUGUUGCAGUGGAUCUGAACCAAUUCAGCUGUCCAAUCUGUCUGGAUUUACUAAAGGAUCCAGUGGCUAUUCCCUGUGGGCAUAGUUACUGUAUGAGCUGCAUAAAGAGCUGCUGGGAUCAGGGGGAUCGUCUUGGAGUUUACAGCUGCCCCCAGUGCAGACAGACCUUCACACCGAGACCAGUUCUGGGCAGAAACACCAUACUGGCUGAAGUACUAGAGAACCUGAAGAAGACUGGACUACAAGCAGCUACUCCUGCUGACCAUUUUGCUGGACCUGGAGAUGUGGAGUGUGACGUCUGUACUGGGAGAAAAUACAAAGCUGUCAAGUCCUGCCUGGUGUGUCUGGUCUCCUACUGUGAAUCUCACCUCCAGCCUCACUAUGAGUCUCCAGCUUUUAAGAAGCACAAGCUGACUGAUGCCACUGGACAUCUGCAGGACAAGCUCUGUUCCCACCAUGACAAACCCCUGGAGGUCUACUGCCGUACCGACCAGCAGUGUAUCUGUUAUCUCUGUACGAUGGAUGAACACAGAGGACAUGAUACAGUCUCAGCUGCUGCAGGAAGGGCGGAGAUACAGAAACAAAUGGGUGAAACACAGAGGGAAUUUCAGCAGAGAAUUCAGAAGAGAGAGAAGGAGCUGAAAGAGGUUGUGGACUCAUUGACAAGCUUAGCACAGUCAGCAGUGGAGGACAGCGAGAGGAUCUUCACUGAGAUGAUCUGCUCCAUUGAGAGAAGACGCUCUGAGGUGACGAAGCUGAUCAGAGAUCAGGAGAAGACUGUAGUGAGCCAGACUGAAGGAGACAUAAAGAGACUGAAGCAGGAGAUUGGUGAACUGAAGAGGAGACACUCUGAGCUGGAGCAGCUUUCACACACAGAGGAUCACAUCCAUUUCCUCCAGAGGUACCAGGGUCUUCCUGUCAGCCCUGAAGCUGGAUUUGGACCCAGAAUCUCCGUCAGUCCACGCUGCUCUUUUGAGAAUAUGAGGAAGGUGGUUUCUGAGCUGAAGGAUCAACUGGAGAAUGUUUGCGAAAAGAAAAUGGCAGAGAUCCAUCAUACAGUUACCAAAGACACCGUCCUACCAGUAUUAGUGUCCACGACCAGAUCAGAAUUCUUACAAUACUCCUGCCAGUUGAUGUUGGACCUCAACACAGUAAACAGAGAACUGUCUCUGUCAGAGGGGAACAGGAAGGUGACACUGGGGGCAAAGCAGCCAUAUCCUGAUCAUCCAGACAGAUUUGACUUCUGGAGCCAAGUUUUGUGUAGAGAGAGUCUGACUGGUCGCUGUUACUGGGAGGCUGAGUGGAGUGGAGAUGUAGCCCUGAUAGGAGUGACUUAUAAAGGAAUCGGGAGGAAAGGACACAGUGCUGACUGUCUGCUUGGAGCCAAUGACAAGUCAUGGAUGCUGAGCUGCUCUCCUCACAGUUACUCUGUCUGGCACAAUAAUAAACAGACUGUCAUACCCAUAAAGCCCUCAGACUCCCGCAGAGUAGGAGUGUAUCUGAACCAGGCGGCUGGUACUCUUUCCUUCUACAGAGUCUCCUCUGAUGGACUGACCCCCCUGUACAGCUUCACCUCCUCAUUCACUGAACCCCUCUGUCCAGGGUUUGGGGUUUAUCCAAACUCCCCCGUGUUGCUGUGCAUGCUGGGAUAGUUCACUGUGUGCUGGAGGAAUCAUUUUUUACCUUAUCAGAGUGUCACAUGUCUUUCGGCAACUGGAGGGUUGCAGGUUCGAGCCUUGGUUCCUUCUGACUCCAUCAGAGUGUCCUUGAGCAAGACACUGAACCCCAAAUUGCUCCCGGUGAGCAGGUUGGAGCCUUGCAUGGCAGCCAACACCACCGGUGUAUGAAUGUGCGUGUGGAUGCGUGAAUGUGAGGCAUAAAAUGUAAAGCGCUUUGAGUACUCGUAGGAGUAGAAAAGCGCUAUAUAAAUGCAGUCCAUUUACCAUUUAAUCAGUAUAACCCUUUGUACUCUGUCUGAAGUGUGACGUAUGUUGGACAGAAAUAAAUGUUUUGUUCAGUUUGCCAAACUCAUGCAAAAUGUUUUUCUCUGACUUUAGUUCUAUAUUGUCUGUGAAUGUUUGCACCAAAACUGCCAAAACAAAUUCAUCGUAUGGCAGUUGUACUAUUAAAGUGAAUUCUGAUUCUGAAUAAAAUAAAAUGUAAUGAAAUGUAAGCCUGGGGAGGGGGGGUUUCCCCCUCCUCGGCAUAUGUACGUUUUAUAUAUUUCUGUCUGUAUCUUGUAUUUCCUACCUGUACACCGACAAUAAAGGCUUUCUAUUUUAUCAUA